CGAAAGAGCUGCAACAGCGUGUGGACUCCAUUGAAAAUGGGGCCUUAAAACCUCCAACACGGGAGAGCACACGAGGUCCAACACGGAGCCAGACGUAUGCAUGGGCGUCCUAAAAACCUGAAGCAUACAGAGAACCCCACGAGACCACAACAGACCAGACCAGGUCGAACCCAGUAACCGAACCUCCACCCCCCUGUCCCCCUUCCCCUGAGCUUUGCAGGCUGCAUCAUCCACCACUCUGCAUUCGUCUCCCUCAGCAGGAAUUUAUUGUACUGAUCAGACAACCUCAAACCACUGGGACUGGAAAGGAGGCCCAGAGGUUCCCUUCGCUGGAACUGAGCUGUGUCUGGCAAUGCCUCAGCCUAGCGUUAGUGGGAUGGAGCCUCCUUUUGGGGACGACUUUCAGAACUACUCGUUUGCUGACCAGGCCCUGACCAGCACUGAGCUGCUCGCCACGAGCGCUGACCCAGAUUUCAUGUACGAACUGGACAGAGACAUGACCCACCGACAGAGCCCCUGUCGGGACAGCGUUGUGGGAGCCGGGGACGGAGGCAAGGAGAUGGAGGGCUGUGUGGAUCAGCUCAUGGGUCUGGGCGAGUGUGAGACAGUCUACAGCAGCUCAGCGUUCGAACAGUGGGACUCCUACUGGGAAGACCUCACCAGAUAUACGCGGCUGGCCAGCUGUGACAUCUGGGGCACCAAAGAGGUGGACUUCCUCGGACUGGAUGACUUUUCUAGCCCCUACCAGGACGAGGAAGUGAUUGGCCGAACCCCGACGCUGGCUCAGCUCAACAGCGAGGAUUCGCAGCCUGUGUGUGAGGCGCUCUACCCCCCUGCUGACCUGACCCCGCCUGGCCCCCAGCCUCCGCUGUCCCAGCUUCCCUGUCACAGUAAGAGACCCCUGGUCCCCGGCCAAGGAUUUGGCCCCGGCAUUGCACGGCCCUCCCCGAGUGCCGCAUCCUUCUCCCGUCCCUCCCGCAGCCUUCUCGCAGACUUCCCUGAAAGCUCUCAAAAAGCCACCAGGCCUGUCCCCUCCAGCACUGAGACUAUGGCCAAGACCCAGAGUCAUCUCAGUCUCAUCCAGGACCACCCUCAAGUUCAAACCAAGACUCAGGGGCAGGGAGCCAAGAUGGCAGCCCCACCCUCUAACGGCCCUGACUUUGUGCGGAAGGCUAAAGUCCGUGUGAGUGCUGUGCAUAAAGCUCAACCCGACAUGCCCUCCCCCACUGAUUCAAACCCCCCUCUACCACUCUCCCAACCCCAAGAUGAGAAAGCCUCCACUUCAGCUAUCACCACCUUGGUGGGACUUCCUGGUGCCUCAGCCAGUGGAUCUGGCAGCUUUGAGAGGAGGGCGGAGGGAGCGGGGAGACGAGAGUUGCCUGUAGCCUGGUCUGCCGCUGUGCCUCAACUGGUCGAGGCGAGCCAGGCGCUGGAGGGAAGCACCUCUGGGCUGGUGAGCAGCGGCGAUAGCGUGGCAGGAGUUAGUGGUGGUGUUCUGGUUGUCGAAGGCACGGAGAAAAGUAAGGAGGAGGAACACAACUACUCUCUGUUCCUGACCCGUAGCAGACUGGCCGGCAGAGCCCACUCCCAGCUGGAGGAAGACGAGGAGGAGGAGGAGGAGGAAGAGGAAGAGGCGGAGGAGGAGGAAGGCGAUGGGCUGGAGCUAGACGACGAAGACCACGAUGAGGGUUUUGGCAGCGAGCACGAGCUGUCUGAGAAUGAGGAGGAGGAGGAGGAGGAGGAGGAAGAGGAGGAGGAUGAAGAUUACGAAGCAGACAAAGAUGACGACAUGAGUGACGCCUUUUCUGAGCCAGGCUGUGACGUGGAGCUGAUGGAGGACAUUAAAGGCCUGACAGCAGGAGUCUCAAGCCGGAAGAGAGGCAAGCGUCGCUACUUCUGGGAGUACAGCGAGCAGCUCACCCCCUCCAAACAGGAACGUAUGCUUAAGCCAUCUGAGUGGGACAGACAUACGCUGCCUAGCAACCUGUACCAGAAGAAUGGGCCUCUCCAUGGAAAAUACAUGCUGAAGAAGUCUCGUCGCACAGACGUGGAAGAUCUGACUCCCAAUCCACGAAAGCUGCUGCAGAUCGGCACUGAGCUCCGGAAACUGAACAAGGUGAUCAGUGACUUGACCCCCGUCAGCGAGCUGCCUCUCACUGCACGACCAUGGUCCCGCAAGGAGAAGAACAAGCUGGCGUCCAGAGCUUGUCGUUUAAAAAAGAAGGCUCAAUAUGAAGCAAACAAGGUGAAGCUGUGGGGACUCAGCACAGAGUACGAUCGGCUGCUGUUUGUGAUCAACGCCAUCAAGGAGGAGAUAGUGGUACGAGUGGAGGACUCUUCUCCGCGUUCAACCAACAUGACUGACACCCUGGACAGGCUCAUCCAGGAGACUCUUGUUGCACCACCUGUUGCUGGGCAGACUUCAGACUUUGUCAACAAAAUCUUGGAGACCACAGGACGCGGCGAUCCCACCGGUGGACUGGUCGGCCUGAGAGUCCCAACCUCCAAAAUCUAGACAAGCUGCAGUCCACUGAGAGGAGUGGACUAAACAUUACCACCGUGCUGUCCCAUUGUAACUAUGCUCCCCUCUGCAUGCCCCUCCAACCCAGACUACAUAUACAUUGUUAGCCACACAAGCACACAUACCACUCCAUGUGUGUAUGUAUGUGUGCUUGUUUUCGCCAUGCACCUGUAUGGCAUACACCCUAGCUUUCUGUCUCUGCACACUGUGCGCAGAGUCAGAGCAUCACUGUCUCCCAACCCAUCAUGAGCGUCGGGAAAAGCAUCUGUAAAGGCGAGUGAUGGUUAGGUGUAUAGCUAAUAGCACGUCCUAAAUCCACUGGUGAUUAUUAGAUGUGUUUAACAUAGCAUUGUGUAGGGUCGGCUCUGUCGGACGUCUGCUCCCUGCAGAGCCUGACCAUGGCUGAGACAGGAGACAGUCACAUGAGUGUAACCACUGGAAUACUUUCACAGGUUGUAAUGACAGAGGAAGAAUUGUUACACCUUAGAGGAAACCAUUAAUGGGUAAAAAAAACCAGUUCCAGUCAUCCUUUCCUAGAACAUGGCAACACAAAUAAACUCCAGGAUGUUAAAUUGACACACUCAGUCAAUCAAAGCACUAUGAUGACAAUAGCUUUGGUUGCCGAGACAGCUGCAGAGAAAACAAGCAGUGUGCUCCGAGGUGUUACUGGGUGGCAGGAAAUAUUUUGUAUUGAAGGCCUAAAUAUGUUCAUGCCAUCCCCUCAGCUCUGCUGUUGUUACCAUUUAGCAUCUUUAAUGCUUGAAACAAAAAUCAGUAGUAGCUAAAAGUUAAAAAAAUAAGCAACAUCAAUCCUGCUGGUCUGAAGUUUGAAGCAGGCAGGAGGACUAAUGGCUAAUUUUGACAAAAACAACAGGAAGCAGUUGACCGUGUGGAGAGGAAGCGCAUAUAGUUUGGUGCUUUUUGGCCUUGUGCUGGUUAUAACUGGACUGGUUGAAUUUGGCAUUUUAGCCAGCGUGGGAGCAGAUGAUCUUGUGAGGAAGAUGAUGGUGGUGACGUUGAUGAAGAUGACAUAAACAGUGACCCAUCUCCUCUUAGAACUGUAUAUACGUGUUUCCCAGUGGGGGAAAAAAAGGCACCGACUCCCCUUUUUGUACAGUAGAGUUGACCAGGCUAACAGUUUGGUGUGUUCAUACUAGUGUUUGAUCAGAGUUCUAUUCAUUGUGCCUUGUGUAUGUAUGUGUGUGUGUUUCUGUAAGUCUGAGUGAGUGAAUGAGAGGAAUUGAGAGAGAAGACGUGAUUGGUCAGAACUCCCUGAGGUUCAGCCAAGGAGGAGACUGCUUUACAAUGAGUGAGAAAGUGGAUGCAUGGAGGGAGACACCUGUGGGGUUUGUUGUGUAUUUCAGUUGUUUAAAGAUAUUCUGAAUGUACAUAAAAAAAAAUGGAAGCUCUCGUUGCGUGAUGCCACAGAGUCUGUGUAUAUAGGAGGGCUCUGCAAUAGAUUACUUAUGGUUUUUGGUACUCUUGUCUUGGGGGAUUUGGGGGGGGGUUCACAGAUAUUUUUAGUUUAGAGUUACAAAAAAAAUAUUUGCACACUAUAUUUUGAUUGUUUUUUGUACCAAAGACACAUGCAACGAAAUGGCGACCAGCCAGUUAAAGUAAGGUUUUGCACAGCUUACCUGACGCCGUAUUGAAUGUAAGAAAUGUGGGAGGGUCAGGAAACUUCAUAGAACUGUGAAAUUAGCUUGGGUCCAAUUCUGUACAGAAAAGGAACAUUUAUUAAGUUUUUUAAAAUCUAAAAAAGUUAACCCCAUCUGUGGGCUUCUCCAGUAGAUUUUGUUGCUUAGGAAGCACUUCAUUCCUGAACUGAUUCCUCCCUCCACAAGCUAAUUGUGUUAAUGGCGCUAUCUAGGACAAAAACCAAGAGCGCUAGUAGAUAAGCUAUGUUACAUUUUUGCUUGUUUGUCAAAAUGUCACCAACAAUAACCAAAAUGUUAUGUUCCUGUGUCACUUUGUUUGAUUUCUGUAUGUAGAUGAGGUCUAGUUCAUCGACAAAAUAUUAACUGAAUUGUGUUUUAAAAAGUACUGUAUAUAGAAACAUUAAUGAUAUAUCUAUCAAUGGUGAAAUGCCACUCUUCAUGACAAUUGAUUCAUUUUUAAGCAUGACACAUUUCUAAAGCAUAUCCUUGCAUUGAAAAAGUUAGAGGAAAAAACUUAAAAACCAAACAAAAAAAAAGUUCUUGUUAUAUUUUUAUAUUUUAGCUGCCUGCUAUCUUUCCUGUUGGUUUGGAGGUAUUCAUUGGUCAGAUUCAGUGGAGGAAAAAAAAAAGGAGAAGGGUCUUUAAGAGCAGCCAGUCAAAUCCGAUAGUUCGUACACGACACUUGACCUCUCCUGUCUCCUUGCUGGCUGAGUGAAAUACAGAGAAUCAGGACUGGAUUUAUUUAAAACACACAAUGCAGCGAAGCCAUGGUCUAGUUUGAAUGGUCUAUAAAGAGAAUGAGGACAUGCUGUCUUUAGCGAGGACAGUGACGGGUGUGAGAAAGCAAGAAACUCGGAGGACAACAGUGUGGAGGUGUGAGGGCAGAUGAGGAAUCAGCUGCGGUGUUGUCACAGAUGCUGUUAGAAAGCCAAAGCCAUUUGAAUUUGUCCCAGAUUGAUCUGAAUUCAGCACUGCAUGUUGUCGUUUCCCUUCUUUUUAAAUCAUGAAGUGAGUUGAAAUUUGCAUUUCCUGGGAUUGACAUCGCUGCCUUUGAGGUUGGGUCGCUGAAUUUUAUCUGUGCCUGGCCUUCGGUCCUCAGCUUCCAUCCCUUUUGACUGGUCACAGCAGUAUAAAAAAAAAUCACUUUGUUCACCAAAACACACACAGUUACAGUAAUAAGGCCACAAACUGGCACCGUGUUCAACCUUUAACAAUGCAUGAUGCCUGUAUGCUUACCUCCCUGCUACCUCCUCAGAGGAAACACUGACAUUCCCAGGAAUUUCAUAAUUCAGCCCAAAUUCACUCUGUUGGUGGGCAAAUGAAACAAAAUGCAUUUGAUGAGGCUGAAUUCAGCUUAGUUUGAGGUGAAGAACGUACACCGAUGAUGGUGAUGCAGAGCUGUGGUUUUUCUGUAUCAUGUGACUGAAAAACAGCUAGUGCUACAUAUAUAUAUCUAUGUAUAUAUAUAUUUACUGUUUUCUGUUCCGUCUAAAAAGGGAGAAUUGGUGCUUUUUCUGAAACUAGAACGAUGAGUAUCCAUGAUUCUUAUUUGACUUCUUAGUCGAGUUGUAGCCGAAUGACUUGCUCUCCCCUCUACCGUCCACAGCUAUUUUCUUAGUAGUGAUUCAUUUUUGUAAAUAGACUAUAAUUUAAUAUGUAUCUUCUAAAUGUUAGAUAUCUGUAUAGAAUACUCUAUCUUAUAUGUUUAAAAACAAAAGCACUUUGUCCAAAAAAGGAAAAAACAAACAAAAAGAAAAGCAUUUUUUUUCUUCCAUUUGCUGCUAAAAGGCCUGGUGUGAAUGCUGCAAGUGUACUUGACGACUACUUGCUAGGACCGGUCUAUUACCUGACUUGGCUAAGUCUAUAAACUAGUAGGUCUAUGGCCUGAUGAGAAUUAGAUCUACAUGUUUCUGGAGCCAUGUAAUGAUAUGAAGUAUUGUAUGAAAGCGUAUCAUUGCUUGGCUUCGGGACGCCCAGUGUCUUGGGUAUGCCUGUUUCUGUGACGAGAUAGGUGUACGUCCUGGUCAGAGGCCGUGUGGAUAAUGUGUUUGUGGUCUUAAAAAAACAUAGAGGGUUUUGAUUCCAGGGCCCCUACGUUGAUCCUGAUGCUGACCCCCUUGGCGUCAUGAUUAAUUUGCCUUCAGUAGAGGUUUCCUAUGGAAAAACUGAUUCUGCUUUGGCUUCCUCUUCAGGGUGAUGUACAGUGUAGACACAUUUCUCCAGAGAGCUAUAUUGUUAUCAUUUGUAAACUGAUUUCUACUUGUGACUUAAUGAGGAGGGGUUUAGCCUGGGGCGGCCUGGAAGAGCCAGUUUGAAAGAUGUUGUUCCCGGCCGCCUUGGGGGAAGUUACUAUAUCACUGUACUGUAUGGCAAGCCAAUUAUAAAUGGAGACUCAAUCCGGACACUUAUUGCCUUCUUAAAUAACCUUUCACAUACACACAAACAAAAAUAAUAACCCGGCAGACAUGUCAGUUGCCAAGAGGCAUGCUCAAGGUUUAUGACAUUGCCCUGCUGAUAUAUGGUCAACAACACCACCAACAACAACAACAACAACAAAAUCAUUCAGCCUGAUUGGCUCAAAACAACCUUGACUGAAGUAGCAGACAGGGCGAUUAUAUCUGAAAAUGGCUUCAAAUAUUUCAACUAUUUGAAGCAUUUUUUUUCAGCUGUAAUUUCGCCCCCCGGUCUGGUAGGGGGUCAACAGUGGUUAAAGGGCUGCUGGUUGAGCUGGCAGCGUUGCUGCUGGAGGGAAUUGCGCGUGCGUGCGUACGUGUGUGUGUGUUUUGUUGUCGACGACCACGAGGCUGGUUCAAGAAAGAGUCCUCACAGGUUUUUACAUUUAACAUGAUAGGUGCAAGCUGUGCAACUUUACAUUCAAACCAGGAGACUCUGUGGCAUUUUAAGUCAAGGAAAUGAGUGUAAAUCCACGCCAGUAAAACUAUUCCUUUUUUUUUUUCUUCUUUUUUUUUUCUGAUGACAUAGAUCCUAUACAGUCAACUAUUAAGCUAAUAGAGUGUGUAACUUUGUGCUACUCUUGUCCAAUAAAAGCUAAGUGGAUCCAUAAAGCUCUUCUUCAGCAAAUCAGGGUAAUAUCGUUCUUCUAUCUGACAUAUGUGAUGACAUAUAAAAUCAAAAGAAAAUAUAUUUAUGUAUUCCAAUUAAUGUCGCCAUUCUUUACUCUGUACAAAAUAUUGUGUGUGCGUGUGUGUAUGUUAUGAAUUAUCAAUGUCAAUCAAUAUGGUGCAAUGCUCUCUACACAAGCUGAAAAAAAGGCCAACAGACUUGUCACAAGAAUUCACAAAAUUUCUACGCUUUCUCCAAAACGAUAUAUUCUAACAUACUCCCAACAUUUUCCCCUCACAAAGGAUUUCACUCUGACUUCCAGCCAUGAUCCGACUUUGUUUUUGUCACAUGGUGCUGAUUACUUUUCAUUAUCCAAGAAAUAAUCCAAGAAUUAAACUGGCAUCUGUAUUCAGAUCCAUUCAAACAAACAAGGUCCAUGUGACUGAUUAUUGCUCUCAUACCAGACCCCCCCCCCCCCCCCCCCCCCGAUCAUUUUCAUUGAUUCUAACUGCCCCUGUUGGACCAAUCAGAAGAAACUUCACAGUCAGUCUUGCUUUAAAUGGUGAUUUCUGUAUUCUUGACCUGUAUGAUCAUUUUUGUUAAGCAUUGAAAUCGUUGUAAAAGUCAAACUCUUGGAUUUGAUACCACUCCCCAAAGUCACGGAGGAUCUUAAACAAAAUUUUCAACAUAACUAAGCAAAAUUAAUAUUUUAUUGUUUGUCUGAGUUAAGGAUUUUAAUAGCAACAAUACAAGAAAACUGAAAAAGUAACAUAUUGCUGUAUAUCCAGCUUCGUAAGAACAAUCUUCGGAGGAAUUAUUCGGUAACGUUUUUAUUUUAAUAUCAGAAUAAUUUUAAAGAAGUUUUUUAGAAAGAAAUAUGUAACUUGGUAACAAUAACAGGGAAACUACAGAUACUGUUAAAUUGAUACACAUCCAAUUAAUUCAAAUUAACAUAAUCCAGAUUGUUUUUUUAGUCAGUGCAAAGCAAAUCAGCUGAACAUGUAAAAAAAAGGACAUUUUGAGAGUUUUAAAGUUUACAAUAAUGCACACAUUUUUAGUUGGUUUUAAAGCUGUUCUAAUCAAUAAUUAUAUAUAAAAAUACACCCUCAGAUAAUUACCAUUGACUCUGCAGUUCCCCUUUAUUGUUUUGUGUCAAUGUAAGCAACUAGCUAGUGAACAUAGUGGAGCAUUUAGCAGCUAAAAGCCACAUGUUUCACUCAGGAGUUGGAGGUGGAGACCAAAACUGAGCUAAAAGAAGAGUAAAUAUUGGACUUGUUAGACAGAAACACACGAAGUUGAAAUGUCACUGUGCCUUUAAAGCGGCUAAAACUGAAAUAAAUGCAGGUUUAGAUGGAGAAGUUUAGUCAAAUAAAUGUAGUUUUCCCUUUACUUAGUACCAAAAUACAGAGUUCUCACCUGGAAACUUCUUACGACAAAGUUAUAUUAUCAAAUAUUCCUGACUUGAUAAACUGGAUUGGCAAAAACAAACAAACUGAAUUGACUGAUCUCAUCUCCGACUGGCUGUGUUGUCAGAUCUCAGAGUCUGGUUUUGAGUUUCUUCUGUGACAUUUCAAAAUUUUUCCUGUCUUGUUUGGAGCCGUGAGGGCUGCCCUUGUUACCUGUAAGAUAAAACACCUUUAUUUUCAGAGGCUAUAUGCUUCUACUCUCCACAUGUUCCCUUGUGUAAAUUAGACACGCACAAAAAUGUACUCUGUGAUGAGAAUGCAGUGGGAAUAAUGUUUUUGUUUUGUUUUUGUUUUUUUGCAUGCUUAUUCCCAGCCCUGCAAACAACUGAGAGGUUCAAGUAAUGUCUGGAGUUGCUUGCAAUUUGAGAAAUAAUUUGGCCAAUCAUCAGAAAGUGUCUUCAUCAUCAAAAAGUUGCUGCAUGGCUUUUUGGGCUCACUGCACUCUCAGUUGAAUGAUUUCAUACUUGCUGCUAUUGAAUGAGCACAAAAGACUUGAGAUUUUUGGUUUAGAGUGUCCAUGACACAAUUACAGUAUAUUGCUAUUACCACAGACCCCUGUUUUAUCACACCUAUUUUUUUUUUCCUAUGACAGUCAAAAGACCAACACCUUUACUCACCGUGCACUUGGUUUUUACAUAUACAAGGAAAAAAAAAAGGACAAUAUUUGGAAUAUGAUGCCUGCUGAACCAGGUGCCUUAAUCAAAAAUAUGAGAACACAAAUCUGCACCUUCUGUCAGUCUGGAGGGGGUUUCCCUACAGAAACAAGGAGCUGGGUUUCCCAAAACCUAAACAGGAAGUACAGUAUAACUCCCAAAUCAAUCCGUUUUGUAUGAUAGCCUCUAACAACAGACAUGAGCUGCUUGUGGUUCCAUGUCUGGAAAUAAAAAUGAAUGCCUCAUAGGAUUUCUCUUUUAAAGUAUUAAAGAAGAGCCUAGGUGGCAACUUGUAAAAUACAAUGAUGUUGUUUUGGGAAACCUGGUUCAGUUUGAACUCUUUCUCUGCCCACUACGCCACGUUAUCGUGUUUUCUGUAUUGGCUGCUGCUGCUAUCACUCGCUGGUGUGUCCGUGUAGAGAAGAGCAAAACUUCCACUGUGUCCGAGGCAGAGGGAGACUUGGCCCUGCUUUUUACCUUGUGAAUUACAAUGCAUUCUUCUUCUGUGGUUUCGACAUGGAUCACCGUGUUGCUGCCUCUUGAGACCUUUUCAAGAAAGAUUUAAAAAAAAAAAGAAAAAAAAAGAAAGAAAAAAAAACCAUAAAACAGAACCUUUUCCGUUUCUUAACUUUGCUAUUAUGAAGUGCCAGACCCUCCUCGAAGCCAGUGUUGGCACUGAGUCGCAGGUUGCGAAUGAAGCGACAAACUGAGCAUGGAGGUUAACAGUGGUGCUAAUCUGUCAGUUGCUGGGUGCUAACAUGGCUGUGUUUUUAAAAAAAAGCUGUAUUAGCCAUAUUAUUCCUUCUGUUGAUGACUAUGGUCAGUCUUGUGUUUCUGACUGCUGCACUGCUGUAUGCUGACAUAGCGAGGUAUAAACUCUGCUGCUGCUGCUUUGCUGAUGAAUGUAGACUAGUCUUCCUCGGCAGGAUCAUACAGACAGAUGUGAGUGUCUGGUGGAGCUUUUCCUGUUCGACUUCCUGUCAGAUUUUGUGCGGAAGCUCACAGAGGGAGACUCUUGUCGUCAGGAUCCAGAAAGAUCAUGAAUGUUGUAUCUUUAUAUGGCCGCCGUCCUGCUUGUAUGUUUAAACCUAUUUUUUAUUAAUAAUAUGGUUCGAUAUUUAUGCUCUGACUCUGUCAAAUGUUGCACGUUAGAAUCUUAUUUUCUAAAUUAUAUUUUAUUGCCUUCUUUCCCUGAUCCCAGUGUUCAUACCGUUUGUUUGAUAUUUAUUUGUUUCGUCCUAUAAAUUAACAUGUAAGGAGACUUCAUAGCUUUUCCAGAGUCAGAGACUUAAUGUGAGCUUCACAGACAUGAGUCAAAGUCACAAUGAAAUCAGAAAUUCCCCGACUGUUAAAAAAUACCUGCCAAAAAUAACAAAAAAUGUAAAUGUAAAUGUAAAAUUUAAGAUUUACUCGUAGUCUAUAAUCAUUAUGAAUCAAUAGGCACAAAUAAAGCCAUCUCAGAUGUUUGUAUGUAAUCCUGCAGCUGCACUUUGGAGAUACAAAUGGUUAUAUAGACAAUAAUAUAAUAAAUAAAUAAAUAAUAAUAAUAAUAAUAAUUAGAAAUAAUGUAAUAAAACAAUGGAUACAUACAUAUAUAGAAAAAAGAAAAGAAAAAACAAGUAAAUUAUUUGGAAAAUCCAGAUAAAAAGCCAAAUGUUUUCCCACGUGAACUGAGUUUUUAAAAAAUAAAUAAACUGGCUAAAUGUGGAAGUAGUAAGUACGCUGACAUCAACACAUCACAUUAAAAUACUGUAGCUAGUAGUAGCUUCAGUAUGUUUUUUAUGUUCUGCUCCUAUGUCUGUUAAAGGAGACGUAUAUAGUACUUUUCCAGCUUCAUAUUUUUAUUUUAUUUACAAUUUUAUCUUAUACCGUCUCUUUACUGAAACAGGUCAUUUCAGCACUGUCUCUUUAAGGCCCCCAUGUCCGAUGAGCCCGCUCUGUUUUACAUUGGCCAGCUUCAGGAAGCUGCAUCUAGACAGACUUCCACUGCCUCAGGAGGCUACGUAAACAGAAAGCAGUUAUUUUUCUCAUUCUUUACUCAAAAUAUAAACUUCUCAAAUACACAUACCGUACAUGUUGGAGCCAAUAUCUGAAAUAUGUAACAAACUGUGGAAAACAACAUCGCAAAUGGUGAAUGCCAAAUUGGAUCAGCCGGAGGGAUGAACUCUCGAGAGGUUAGAGUUAGGUUCAAAUUCAAUCUAGCACCACUUUGACUUGCGAGGAACCUCAAGCUUUGACAUUUUGACCCUGCUUAACACAGACGCCAAACAUCAUAACCGUAUAUAAAUAACAGAAAAUUACCAAAGCAUGAUAUGUCCCCCUUUAAAAGGAAACUACACGUUUCAUUGUGACUUGAAGAAAUCAUUUUUUUGUGAAGCUCAUGAAGCGUUCUGUCGUUGGACGUUUUGAUGCAGCAAACAGAAGCUCGCCUUUUGAUAAAUUCACCUCACCAACUGUUCCUUUGUCACGGCUCUGGACCCGAGGUUUAGAUGCUCAGUUUAGGAGUCAGCUCGCCUGCUCUCUUUAACUUUGGUGAGGAAAUUAAAAAAAAAUAAAAAUAAAAAUCUGAUCAGUUUUCUGGGAAAACGACACCACUGCGCCAGAGAUGUUUCGUCCCUUCUGGGUGCUUUUUUUUUUUUUUUUGUUUAUUUUUCAGAAGGGCUUUGGUUCGCAGUUGUCUUGUCAGGGAGCUCCUGAGAUUAACCAGGGGUCACUAAAGGCUGGUGGGCAGAGACCCCUCACCCUCCCCUGCAAUGAAUUAUUGGAGGGCGCGGGAGUUAAUUUCCUCUUCUGCAGACUGAUAUCUUACUAAAGCAAAUGUCAACAACCCACCCUCAAUAAUAAAAACAAACCCCUCUUUCUAUAUCUACACACAUCCAACGCAUCAUCCAACACUGCAGUGUUAUACAUCGCCUUCCAGACUUGCCAAAAUGCAUGAAGCGAGAGACAUUUAACAAAAGGAAAAAUAUUUAUUCUAAAGCAUCUGUUCAUUUUCUUUUUCUCUCUCCUUUUUUUUUCUUGAAAUUUUAAUAAUGGCGACAGACAGUAACACGAUUUUAUAGGGAAUCCAUACAAGUCCUAACAUGUAGAGGAUGUGGGAGGUAUCACAGCUACAUGCCAUUGUUACAAUGCUUCUGGUCUUGUAUGGUAACUUAUUUGACGUGAUCAACAGCAUGGGAUCUUUCUGUAGUUAGUCCUGUGUGUGUUCCUCUUCCCAGUCUCAGUAGGAAGGCUGUACUUCAUUGCUAAGUGCUCUACAAUAGAUCUCUUGGUGAUUAUAAUUUCACAAAGAAGCAAAACCUGCAGAAAGUGUAUCCUGCUGAAACUAACUUGAUCCUCUCUUUAGCAAUGACGUCUAUAUUUGUAGUUCACAUAUAUGCCUGUUCGAAUACAAUAUCUUGACUGUUGUUAUAUUUAUGUUGUGUAAUAAAUGUUGUGCUGGGUUUAUACUAUUGUUUUAACUCAAGUUUUUCUUUUUCUUUUGCAUUGUAAACUUGUUUUUUUUCUCUCCGAGGCACAGUGGGUGGCUUUAUGCACAGGCGUGGAAAUCUAAAAGAUGUUUUUUUUGGUUUUUUUUUUUUUUGGUUGUACUGUAACAACUCCAGUUUUUGUCUCUGGCUGCUUGACAUCCUGCAGACACCUGCCCUGACUCUCUGUUGUGUUAUUGUGCCUCUCGCUUUUCUUUUGAUUUCUUUGUUAUUAUUCUUUUUUUUUUUUUUUUAAUCAUUCUUUCUCUGUUGUAUCAGCCAGGAGUUGGUACCGCAGCUCUGUUUGUAACCACAAUAGUCUGAUUAUGUUUAUUGAUUUUAAUAUCAAAAUAAUAAAACCAUUA